AUGGAACAGCAGCUGCUCAACCUGCUUGCCGAGACCCAAUUGCCGGCCGAGGCGCCCCGGAAGCAGGCGGAGUUCCAGCUUGAGCAACUCUACCCUAGUGAAGCCUUUCCCAAAGCUUUGGUCUCAGUAGCAUCACACACCUCUGUUCCUCUCAAUCUCCGCCAAUCUGCGCUCUUGACCUUGAAGACCUUUGUCACGUCGUCCUGGUCUCCCAUUUUCGAAGAAUUCAAGGGCCUCAUCCUCAUCAGCGAUGCCAACAAGCAGCAUCUGCGGACGGCGCUCCUCGAGCUCGCCACUAGCGAAGACAGCGAUAGAAAGGUCAAGACUGCAGCCAGUUAUGUUGUCAGCAAAAUCGCCAGUGCCGAUUUCCCCGACCAGUGGCCGGACCUGUUACCUCGUCUGCUCGCCCUGAUUCCAGUGAGCACCGACUCCCAGCUGCACGGCGCGCUCCGGGUGCUCGCCGAUCUCGUCGAAGACGGACUCAAUGAGGAUCAAUUCUUCGCCGUGGCAAGAGAUUUGGUCCAGGUCAUUUUCGAUGUGGCUUCCAACGACUCAAGGAAGACGAUAUUACGGGCAAUGGCGGUCUCGAUUUUCAGAUCGUCGUUCGAUAUGCUGGAAAUGGUCAUGGAGGAUCACAAGGCAGAAGUCAAGGCGUUUGCAGAGGAGGCAUUGCAUGCCUGGUCGCCCUUCUUUUUGGACAUUAUGAGGAAGCCUCUGCCUACCAUGCCGAGCGAGGAGGAAGAGCACAAGGAGGAUGGCACACAAGCCGAAUGGAGAGGUUUGAUUGCCCUCAAGCUUCAGGUUGUCAAGACAUUUAUGAAGAUUCGUACCUUGUUCCCAGGCCUGCUUUCUCCGCAGAGUCCCGUGGUCUUUUCAGUUACCUGGCAAGAACUCUCAUCACUUCAGGCACCGUAUCAUGAGAUGUACAUUGAGAACGAGCGUCAAGGCCGUCUAGAGGACGCUGAUGGCUUGCCUUAUACUCUUGACUUCCUCGUGCUUGAAGAGUUAGACUUUAUGCAGGCUUGUCUUCGGGCCCCACCUGUGCGUCAAGAAUUGGAGACGCAGCUUCAGAACCACUCGGCUACACAAGAGGGCAGCUGGUUGGUCGAGGUGAUGAAAUUAGCAGUAGCUUAUGCCCAAAUCACCACUGAAGAAGAGGGCCUCUGGGAUAUCGACGUCAACGUCUUUUUGUCCGAGGAGACGAGUGUUACUGCAAACUAUACGCCCCGAACUGCGUGUGGAGACUUGAUCAUCAAGUUGGGAGAAUGGCUCAAGUCGCUCGCCAUUGAGGGACUGCUUGCAUACACGCGGACCCUCUUCCAGUCUACAGCAGGCUGGAAACUCAAAGAAGCUGCGCUCUACAUCUUGAACCAGCUUCUAGGAGACUUUAGUGAUGUCGAGCAGAAGAUCAACCCCGAGCUCGCUCAUGGCUACACUGAGUUUGUCAAAUUCGCGAUGCGCCAAGAGGACUUCUUCCUUCGUGCCAGAGGUUUCUUGGUGGCGGGCAGCCUUACUCGCACCGGCGGCGAGACAUUGCACCAGGUUGCUGCCGGUUUUAUGGAGGAGUCUCUAAGGGCAAUUUCGGACGACUCGGCGGAAGUUGUUCAGGUGUCUUGCAUCCGGGCCCUGCAAGAUUAUCUGCAGUCACUUCCCGCCAGCAUUACUCAACCGAUGCAGGGACCAAUCGCAUCCGCCAUCUCAAACUUCCUCGCAUCAAAAGACCUUGAUGAUUUUGCGGAGAGCGACGACCUCAUGGUCACCCUUGUCGAGACUCUCCGCGAUGUUAUCAUGCUCGAUACACGAAUCUGCGUGGCUCAAGGAUCUACCGCUUUGGAACUUCUCUUUACCAUUGCCAGUCAUGGCGCGAACAACUUUCAGUUGACCAUGCUUGUGAACGAGACCUUUGAGGAUAUUGCCGGAGCCAUGUCUGCUCUUGGUCGUGAGGCUUACACAGGCCUUUGUGAAAAGGUCUUGCCAUCAUUGACUGGUGCUUUCGAUGUCGGUAAUCUGACUGAAGAGUCUGCCCUGACUAACCUUGCCGCAGAGCUCCUGGCUAUCCUUGCAGAGCACGGGCCCGAACCAUUGCCCCAAGGUUUCGUCGGAACGGUGAUGCCCAAACUUAACCGCCUGCUCAUUUCUUCGGAUGAUGCCGAGCUGCUCCGUCCGGCGACUGAUGCCGUCCAACACAUGAUCGACCACGACCCUAAGCAAUUUUUUGAGUGGCAAGAUCCCGAGUCGGGCAAGCUUGGCCUCGAGGUAGCAUUGGUCAUUGUUGACCGUCUCUUGAACCCCUCUGUCGAUGACAAUGCGGCAGCAGAAGUUGGUGGACUGGCUGCGGAGUUGGUCGAGAAGGCUGGCGCCGAUAAACUCGGUCCUUAUCUUCCUCAGCUACUUCAGGCGGUCACUGUGCGAUUGAGCACUGCCACGCAGGCUCAGUUUAUCCAGUCUUUGAUCCUUGUCUUUGCACGAUUGUCGCUUGUGAGCGCAAAGGAUGUUGUCGAUUUUCUGGCCCAGUUGCAGGUCGGUUCUGGUAGCGGUCUGCAGAUUGUCAUGUCCAAGUGGCUGGAGAACUCUGUCAACUUUGCCGGAUACGAUGAGAUUCGUCAAAAUGUAAUUGCUCUGUCACGCCUCUAUAGUCUGAAUGACCAUAGACUGUCCCAGACAAUGGUUCAGGGUGACCUCAUCAUUCCCAAGAGUGACAGAAUCAUGACUCGGUCAAAGGCUCGCCUCAAUCCUGAUCAGUAUACUGUCGUGUCGGUGCCGCUCAAGAUUCUCAAGCUUUUGGUCGAGGAGCUGUCGAGUGCCAGCGGCAAUACCCCGCGUGCUAUUGAUCCUGCCCUGGCUGCUGAGCUUGCCGAAGAGGGCAGCGACGACGGCGACUGGGAGGAUGUUCCCAAUGCUCUUGACCUCAGCUCUAUGGCGACGAGACAGGAUCUCAUGGCGUAUGCCGACAGCCCUAGCUUCCGUCAGCGAGACGACGAGACCCAGGCUUAUCUGCUUGCCUUUUUCCAGGAAGAGGCAAGCAAACCCGGCUUCCAGGAAAUGUUUGGCGCUUUGACGACUGAAGAGCAAGAGAAGCUUAGAACUCUUGGUGGACAGUAAAGCCCCUUUUCUCUACUCUUUUUUUUUCUUGUGAAUUUUUUUCAUUUCUUUUACAUGCUUUUUCCCCCCAGUGCCCGUCCAGAGGCAGGUACAUUAGUCCUCAUCUGCAUUAUAACCCAGUCGAUACAUACUUUUUUCUUUUUCUCGCAGGGGACACCUUUCCCUAGUCGACGAGACAUGAAGUGGGGAGAUCGUGUUCUCGUUGAUUUGUUUUUCACGAAACCCAUAGCAUAGCAUGUAGCAUACUUUUUUUUUUUUUUUUU